ACGGCGCCCAGAGAGAACGCACCCCACGACCUGGAAUUUCGUGGGCACCUCCCCUUCCUCGCUCUUCUUUCUCACGGUGCCGAGGAGGACGCUGGGAAGAAGAACGCAGGUCCGCCGGUUUGGAGUUCUCGCCUGGAAUUAGAUGGAAGGGACAGAACUCCUCUUCCUUCUAAAUUUGCAGCAGUAGAACAGAGUACUCCGGCUGUUCACGAUUCUCCUUCGCCAGAUAUUGGGGCUUUUCCCAAAUCAAUCAUAGAGAUUUGGUGAUCUCCGGAACACCGUCUGUCUUAAGAGGAAAAUAACAGUAGCGUAGGCAGCGGUGCCUCACUGUUUCUUAGGACUCAUCUUAGUGUUUCGGGUAGCCCACUUUCCAACCACUGAUCUUUUGGGGUAAAAGGAAAAAAGAAGUUAACAAAGCGAGAUACGUUUUAGUUUUUCCAUUAUUGAAUCUAGUUUCUAAGCAAGAAACAGAGACACUAAAUUAUUUUGAUCGAUGAUACGUGAAGUUGCAUGUCCGUCAAUACAUAAGCUAUCCAUGUGCCAUCACUGCUGGGGUUGCCGCGCAUACCGAGAGACGUUGAUGGCUUCGGGACGAUGACAGCACUGGCUCUUACCUACUAGGAGUGCAUGCAGGAAGGAAGCAAUCAAAUGUUAACUUCAAGUUUCAACGAGUAAUUGUUUUUUGAAGAACCAAGAUUCUGACUCGUUCGAUUGAAGAAGUGGGCGGGACUACUCAUUCUUAAAUUAAAUGUGCACGUCAUUACCACCUUUAUCUCAUAAAUGGUAUUAUCAGAUCUUAACUUUUGUUAGUUAUAUUAGUUCACAGCUCAGCCGAUCCUUUCUCCUCCUCCACCAUGCCUAUGGUCCUCUUUCCACCAUCAGAGAUUCUUGUGGAGUGAACGAUGAAGCACAUAGUCAAUGGAGGAGAUGAAAACGAUGGUAAAAGAAAUGAAGGAGCUGCAGUGUGAGGGACGAGGGGAUCAAAGCACUGCAACAGAGAAUUAGAGUUGGCUCCAGAACACUUGGUAGAAGUCACACUCACGGUUUCAGUUUCAGUUUCGGUACCCUUCCACGAGGGGGCGUGGGUCCCCAUGCUCCCUAUAACGUCGUCGUCAGCACCAGGUGGUGGCCAGCCAGGCACGCCCAAUAACCGCAGGCGGGGCAAGGACGAGGCCCCCCUGUCAUCUUCUUCUGCUCCCUCCUCCUCCCAAUGCUCUAUAACAGCAAGAGUGCAUCCAGGGGCAGAGACAGGGGGAACGGGAGGGAUGCCAUCAACGCAGCUGCAUAUCAACGGCAAGCACAAGAAGAAGACGAAGAAGAAGGCGAUGAUGAGUCCUUCAGGGGAUCAUCAGAUUAAACAAGAGUUCGAGUUGAACGAGAUUGACGACUCGGUACGUGGAUCGGUGGCGGGCGGGUUGGCCUUCUUCUCCGGGCCUCUCGGCGUGAGGAGGAACAAAUACUACUGGGACAGCGGCAGUUUCAAUCUCCCCAACAGCCAUUGUGGUGGCUGGGUCAUACAUCCUGAUAGCAGGUUUUACAAGUUCUGGGAGAACUUCAUAGUGCUCUGGUCCAUGUACUCCACGUUCUUCACGCCGCUGGAGUUCGGCUUCUUCAGGGGUCUGCCAUAUCAGGUGAUGAUGCUGGACGCUAAUGCCCAGUUCAUAUUCUUGGCUGAUGUCGUCCUCCGCUGUUUUCUGGCGUAUCGAGAUCCACACACGUACAGAUUGGUCCAUCAUAGACGAAGCAUUGUUCUCAACUAUGCAAAGUCCGAUAUGGCCCUGGACCUUCUCGCUUGCUUUCCUUGGGAUAUCAUCUACAAAAUCACAGGAAGAAGCGAAGUGGUGAGGUGCCUUAUCUUGCUGCGUUUGUAUCGUGCAAGGAUGGUAACCCGAUUCUUGAAGAAGAUGGAAAAAGACAUCCGCAUCAACUAUCUGUUCACAAGAAUUGUGAAGCUCAUCACUGUGGAACUGUACUGCACACACACUGCAGCCUGCAUCUUCUACUACCUUGCCACAACUCUGCCACCUGCUAAGGAAGGCAACACUUGGAUCGGAAGCCUUACGCUGGGGGACUACAAGUACCUCAACUUCAGAGAAAUUGAUCUGUGGACGCGAUAUAUAACAUCCCUGUACUUUGCUAUUGUCACCAUGGCAACUGUGGGUUAUGGUGAUAUUCAUGCUGUGAAUCUGAGGGAGAUGAUCUUUAUUAUGAUUUAUGUAUCAUUUGACAUGAUACUAGGAGCAUAUUUGAUCGGGAACAUGACUGCGCUUAUUGUUAAAGGCUCCAAGACCGAGAGAUACAGGGAUAGAAUGACAGACCUCAUAAAAUACAUGAACAGAAACAAGUUGGGUAAAGAUAUCAGGUCACAGAUCAAAAGUCAUCUGCAAUUGCAAUAUGAAAGCAGCUACACUAAAGCAAGUAUUCUUGAGGAUAUCCCCGUUUCUAUUCGAGCCAAGAUUUCUCAAGCUUUAUAUAGUGAAGCAAUUCACCAAGUUCCCCUGUUGGAAGGAUGCAGUGAGGACUUCCUAAAUCAAAUCGUGGUAAAGAUGAAUGAAGAAUCCUUCCUUCCAGGGGAAGUGAUCCUUGAGCAAGGAAAUCCUGUAGAUCAAGUAUAUGUAGUAUACCAUGGGAGUUUGGAAGUGGUAAUGGCCGCCGAGGGUGGAUCAGAGAACAUCAUUGGACGGUUGGAGCCAUAUAGUGUAUUUGGCGAAGUUGCUGUUCUUUGCAACAUCCCGCAGCCAUUUACCAUUCGCGUUUGUGAAUUAUCUAGGCUUUUGCUAAUUGAAAAGCAAGCUUUUAGCAGCAUUUUGCAACUUUAUUACACUGAUGGCCAGCAGGUUCUAAGAAACCUUCUCAAGGGUAAAGAUACAGAACUACGGAUAAAGCAGCUUGAAUCAGAUAUUUCAUACCUUAUUCUGAAACAAGAAGCAGAAAUGUCUUUAGGAGUGAAUAGUGCUGCAUACCACGGGGAUUUGACCACCUUGAAACGCUUGAUCGGUGCAGGGGCAGAUCCAUGUAAGGUGGACUAUGAUGGGAGAGCGGCAUUGCAUCUGGCUGCACGGAAAGGAUAUGAAGGUAUUGCACAUUUCCUCAUACAAAAAGGAGCAAAUGUCAAUUCUACAGACAAAUUUGGAAAUUCUCCUCUGCUAGAGGCUGUCAAGGCCGGGCACGAUGCUGUUGCCGCCCUUCUUACUGCAAAUGGUGCUUCUCUCAAUGUAGAAGACGCCGGAAGCUACUUGUGCAAAGUUGUAGUGGAGAGUAAUGCCGAUCUCUUGAGACGAUUGUUGGCCAAUGGAAUUGACCCCAACUCGAAGAACUAUGACCAAAGGACACCCCUACACGUUGCAGCCGCCGAAGGGUUGCAUAUAAUUGCUACUUUAUUGAUAAAGCAUGGAGCGGAUGUACUCUCCCAGGAUAGAUGGGGUAGAACUCCUCUCGAUGAAGGCCGUCUUUGCGGGAGUAAACCAUUAAUCAAAAUUCUGGAACGUGCUAUGGAGGAGCGCUUUGACAGAGAGGCAUCAUAAGAGGCUCCAACAUUUGCAAAGGCGUGAGAUCCCUAUAACGGCUGUGUCGGUACCAACCGUCACAAUAGCAAUUAUGUAAAAUUGUAUUUUGAUUGUUAGUAAUUAGUCUCUGAGCUGCUGAUAAUGUUCUGCUACAUCCUUGAAAUGAAAAAAAUUGUAGAUGCAUGUCACUUUGAAUAUUUUAGAAGAUGAAGUCACUUUAAUGGCUAAAAGGAUCUUCGUUAACUAGAACGAUAGCGGCCAAUUGGGUUUGACUUCACAGGCGCAUUCUUAUGCUGAAGAUGGAUUGUUAAGUUUCCAGUGUGACAAUCUUUGUCAGCUUACCUUGUUACUGCUUGUGAAUCGACAACCAUCAUUUAUAGGAAUUGUGACUGCCAGGAGCUAUGGGCAAGCAGCUCAAGUGGGGUGUGCUUGUACACGUGACUCAAGUUCUACAAAAGUUGCCGCCAAUGCGCGUGAUUUAAAUCAGACUCCCCAAUCUCACCAGCAUGGCUGCAUGAGUGAACAAAUUACGUUCAUAACUUAAACAAGCCGAGCUUGGUUACUGACGCAGAGAAAAUAGAGCUUGGGCUACUAACAGGAUACUUUGUUCA